AUGUCUCGACGCGGCCGUCGUCCCGUCGACUACUACGAAGAGGAUGAGGAGGAGGAAGAAAGGGAAGAAAUAAUCGACGAACCUAGUCGACGCAGACGAGACCUAGACGAGCAAUACGUCGAGCCCGAGCUCGAAAGCAGCCGCCAUCGGCGCCGUCCUGCUCCCCUUCGCCGUGAACCUACACCUCCACAUCUUAGGCGUGAAGUUGAAGAACUCAUUCGUACGCGCGAGAAAGCACGAGAAGAACCUGAGCGGUUGAUAAGGCGGUCUAGGGGUGAUGAUAAUGAUGAUGAUGAUGUGCGGCGCUAUGAGAAGGAUUAUCUAGAGGAGGAUGUCGACGAUAAGCGUGAUCGUCUUCCAGAGAGGGAGGAGACUGAAGAAAUGUAUAUCCGCCGCGGGUCUUUGCCACCGCGAGAUCGAUCUAGACGGAGACGGGUAUCGCUAGAUGACGAGAGGCUUGAAAGACGGAGGUCUCGAGAUGAGGAGGAUGUCAUGCUCGAAACGCAAGAGCUUUCGCCGCCAGUCUACAAAGACAAGUUUGAUCAGUUACUCCGCGAAGACGAAAAACGCACACGACGAAGGCGAGCUAAAAGUCGCGAGGUCGAAGAAAGGGAGUUUGAAGAACGAGAGGAAACAGAAAUCCCCAUCCGUCGACGCAAUCGCUCGCCGCCACUUCGAGAUGAGAUUAUUGCUGACAAGCUCCGUCGACGGUCUCUGCUGUCCCAAGACGAGCGAGAUGAAGAAGAAGAACGGUUUCUCCGCCACCGAGACCGCUCUUCCCGAAGACACCUAGUCCGGGAUGAUCGCGAGGAGAUCCUGCUUCGUCAUCGGGAUGCCUCACUGCCUCCACGGGACGAGCCAGAGAGGAUCCGGAGACGCAGGUCAUUGCCGGGGCGUGAUGAAGAAGACGACAUCUUUCUUCGUCGCCGAGAUCACUCUGUGCCAACGAGAGACGACCGUGAAGACGAAAUUCUAAUUCGGCACAAAGAGCGACCACCGCACGCUGAUAGAGAUGAGAUUCGUAUUCGUCAUCGUGAGCGUUCAGGGUCCGAGCGAGAUGACGACCGAGACGAAGUGAGGAUUCGGCGAAAAGAACGAUUGCAUUCACAUCGAGACGCUGAGGACGAUUUCCUUGAGGAAGUUCGUGUUCGUCGACGCCAUUCGUUACCUCCUGAAGAUGAAGAAGACGAAGUAAUUCGUCCAAGGCGGUUAGUCGAAGAUGACGAGCGUGAGGAAAUAUUGGUUCAUAGAGGGAGACGAGAUCACAACAAAAAGCCUCUAGCUUCUGGAGGCGAUCGAGAUGAAAUUUAUUUCCGCGAUGAACCUGGCAGAGAAAAAGUCGAAUUCCGUCACACUCAUGGCCCCCCUUCGGUCAAGUCGUCUCAGUCCCGUCAGGGGUCGGUGGAACGAGAGGAUAUUAUUCGUCGUAGCGAGCACAAGGGACGAGCAGGUCGGAGCAGGCUCGAGAGGGAGCUCUCUCGCCAAAGUGAGGCGGCCUCCUCGUCGUCUGAAUCAUCGCCUGAGGAGCCGCCAUCGGUCAUACGCAAACCGCCCAUUGUCCAAGAGGUCAUUACGCACCACCGCCAUAUUGAGAGCUACGAAAAAGCAUCGCCUUCGCUGCGGCUCAGCGUUGAUGACACCAAGUCACGGGCCGGGAUUGACGAGGUUGAACUACGAGAGCGUGGUGAUCGAAAUGGAGAUAUUCAUGAAAAGAUCACGAUCGAACACCGCCAUCAAGACCGCAGUCCCUCACCGUCUCUAAGACGGCAACCCCCAGUCGAAGAAGAAGAGGAGAUUAUCGAGCGUUCCAGGUCUGACGACGGCCACCACAGCCGGAGCAAAGAGAUUAUGAUCUUGGAGCGAGAGGCCGAGAGAGACUAUCUCGCCGAAGACUUGGAUCGCGUGAAGGAAAAACGCAAAAAAAGGUACACGGAAGUCACCAAAGACCUCGUCGUACGAGAAGCCAUCGAGCGAGCAGGCUACGAUUACGACGAGACUGACCGCGACUUCUACAUCUACAAAUACCUCCGCUAUGAUGAUGUUUCGAGACUGGUCGAAAUGACCGAGGAUAUCCGGCAAUCGCGGCGCGAGCGAAUGCGUCGCGAACGAGAUAUCCUGCCUCCUCCCCCUCAUCUGCCACCAGCCCCUCGCCCUCCCAUGCGAGAUGCGUAUCGAGAACGCGAUGUGUUUGUAGAGGGAACACGGCCGCGUCGGCGUUAUCGUGAGGUUUGA